AUGGGUCAGAAUGCCAUAUAUACACUCCUACAACCGCCGAUAUUGCGGACCGACACCGCGAUCCAUUCGACCUCGUUGAAACAGCCCACUUCUCGAGACAUACCUCCCGUCACUCUCACCACUGUCCCCGAUGUCGACCCCUCGGCCUUUAAAGACUACCUCAGCGAGGUCGGCAGGCUGUUUGAUGCUUUUCAACGCACGAAGCUAGAGUCCGAAGAAGUGUUUCGUCAAGAUAUUUCUGUUGCUAAAGAUGACGAACUGGCAAGACGGAGGACGAGCGGCUUGAAGCGCGGCCAGCUUGCGCCUACACCGCUGUCUACGAUUCCCUCUGUGUAUUUUGAUGAAAACUUUCGCCUCGAGAAUCCGCGCACUUUCGAUGUUGUCAGUGAGCAUGCGGAGGUUGUAAAGUCCACCACCAUCGGAGACCGCGCGAAUGGCACUGCUGCAAACGGUAAGCCGCAGCCUGCGAGGAAGGCGCUUACUACCAAUGCCAUAUUGCAAGAGAAGCUAUCCUGGUACAUGGACACUGUAGAGAUUCAUUUGAUAUUUUCGAUUUCGCAAGCGUCAGCCUCUUUUUUCGCUGCGCUCGGCUCUCUUCGUGACCUCAAGGCCGAGGCAGCCGACUCUGUCUCAAAGAUCCAGAAGCUGAGGGAGGACCUCGCACAUUUGGACAAAGAGAUGGUAGUGCGCGGUUUUGAUAUCAUCAGCAUGAAGCGAAGACGGGACAAUCUGAGAAAACUGGGCGAGGCUACCAAACAGCUUCAAUGUGUCCUCAACGGCGCUAGUCAUUGCGAGGAACUCGUAAACUCUGGGCAUCUGGAGACGGCUAUACAACACAUCUCGUACGUCGAGCAGCUUGCAUCCGGAACGCUAGAUCCGAAAAUUGGCGGCGAGUUGCAUUGGCUUCUGCCAGACCCAUCCAUCAGGCUUACCGAUCUACGCCAACUGGACGUUCUUGGAGGACUGUUUCGAGGCAUCAGCCAGCUUCGCCUGCGGAUCGGGAAAGGCUAUGAAGCCCGAUUGCUGAACAUCCUUUUGUGCGAUCUGCGUCAGCAUGUGUCCAGCGUACCGCCCAGAGACACUCUAGCGCGCUGGAUGGAUACCUCCUCAUCGACACCUGCAUCCGUGAUGACUGUAGAAAAGCUGCGCGAGGAAAUAACCCCCGUCCUGCAAGGACUUGGCCAAUCGCAGUAUUUAUCUGCAGCAAGCGCCACAUUUCGCGAAGCUGUCAUCCGAGAGAUGAAGUCUCUUAUCCGCCAGCACCUGCCGAGCUCAACCGACAACGAUAAUGAGUCUAUCGCGUCUGCGUCCACUGGUGCAAGCGGUCGACGUUCGACCCAGCAGGAAAGGUCAAGCAUUCUGUCUCGCAACUUGCGUGCUCUCAGUCCCAAGGACGCCGAAGAGGUCUUCGUCAAAAUCUACUGCGGGAUAAGCGAAGCAUUACGGAGGCUUGGUGUGCAGGUCAAGCUUCUCCUCGAUAUCACAAGCGGCAUGAAGAAGACCCCAAGAAAUAUACUCACGCCCGUCCAAAGCCCGAGAAGCAUGGGCAAUCCUGCGAUCCGUUCGCCCAGCCUUUCGAUGGGAUGUGAUUUGCAGGAAGAGAUGACUCAACCCCUUGACAUGUCGAGCCUCCUCGUACAGGCAGUAGACAAGGUACAAUCAGAGAUGACAAAGGUGCUGCGGGUAAGAACCGAGCAAACGGCCCGCCUUGAAUUGGCCGAUUUCCUAAGGUACUUCACGCUGAAUCGCCUGUUUGUCAAUGAGUGCGAGGCAGCCUCUGGACACCCUGGAGCGGCGCUCAAAGGAGUUGUGAACAGCCAAAUUCACGACUUUAUCCCGCUUCUACACGAAAUAGAAAAGCAAAGGCUGGUGCAAAAGAUGGACUCUGAGAAGUGGGAGCGCAUCGACUUCAAACCCCAGCACGCAUUAAUCCUGGCGCACAUUAUCCAGUCCAUGACCACUGACCCCCUAGCAUGGCUCGGUUACACGGACGCCAGUACCGCAAGCCUGGAAGCAGGCGAACGGAAAUUACAGUCAAACAGCACCCCUGCGGAGCCUACGAGUGCUGCUACGCAAGACAAGAAAGGCCCGACACAGGCGGUCAUCGAGGAGGAGAAGUUUAUGCUCGUCGAUUCGACAACAUUUGCCCUUCGUGGCAUAGAGCAAUACACAAUCCUCCUGGCAUCAGUCCCCGGCAUGGGCAACGACAUCUCGACCGCCCUACUCGACUAUCUCAAACUAUAUAACUCUCGCACACAACAGCUUAUUCUCGGCGCUGGCGCCAAAAUAACAGCGGGGCUGACCAAUAUCAAUACCAAGCACCUUGCCCUUGCCUCGCAGUCACUGUCCUUCUUCAUUGCUCUAAUACCCUAUGUGCGUGGGUGUGUCCGUCGUCGACCGUCCAUCACAGGUUCCACCAUGGCAGAAUACGACCGGGUGAAGCGCUUGUUCCAAGACCAUCAGUCCUCUAUCCACGACAAGCUCAUCGACAUAAUGAGUUUUCGCGCGACCGUUUGCAUUAGAGAGAUGGGGAAGAUUAAGUGGGACGAUGAAGACGAGGUGCAAAGGAACGUCAGUCCACACAUGGAGACGCUCACGAAAGAGGUACUCACGCUACAACGAGUGCUGAGCAAGUACCUGCCGGCGGUGGACGUGAGGAUAAUCAUCGGACGGGUCUUUGUGAGCUACGAGGAGCAAUGGAGCAAGGCGUUUGAAGAUGCGGCGAUACGGACCGAGGCCGGGCAAGCGAGGCUUCUGCGAGACGCUGAGUUGCUCAAAGCAAAGCUCGGCAAGAUUGACGGCGGAGAAGAGCUCGGCGCGAACAUGAUCAAUAUUGUCAAGGCGAAACAGGUGGCAUCCCGGCCAAGGACCAGCACCAGCCCACCAUCCGGUGAGGACAUGCCCGCGUGA